AUGUUAACUAAUUUCAGGCUAUUGGCUUCUAAACCCAUUGUUAGAAGUGGCAAAACAGUGCUAAGAGGUUUUGUCUCGAGUUGUAGAAAUCUCGAGGGAAAAAAAUCGGGACCUCCAAUAGACGAAAACAACUUGUACUAUGGUCAAUUCACAAAGGAAGAAUAUGAAACUGCUUCCAAGUAUGUUAAGGAACAAUUAGCUAAAAUGGAGGGAGAAAUCAAGGGAGAUUUCAACAUUAGAGAGAAUUUGGGCAAGGUUCCUCAAUUCCCUUCCAGAGAUUCUAAAGGAUCCACAAGCGUCAAUAACUUGACAGACUUAUUUACCCAAACGAUCAAAACUACCGGGCCAAUAUCUUUGUCGGCCUAUAUGAGGCAAUGUUUGACCCACCCAGACUUCGGAUACUACACAACCAGAGAUCCUCUUGACCAUAGGAGUGGAGAUUUUAUUACUUCUCCGGAGAUUUCUUCUGUUUUCGGGGAGAUGAUUGGCAUAUGGCUCUACACUGUAUGGCAAAAUCAGAAUUUUCCUGGUAAGAUACGAAUUAUAGAGUUUGGACCCGGAAAAGGAACUUUAAUGCAUGAUGUACUUAACACUUUCAAUAAGUUCGUCUUCAAGUCGAGGAAAGCGGUAAAAAUAGAAAUAAACCUUAUUGAAGCCUCUAAAGUUCUCAGACAAGAGCAAUGGAAGUUGUUGUGUGGAGAAAAGAAUGAAUUCCAGACGGAUAAUGAGGGAUUCAACCUAUCAAAAACAAUUUGGAGCAAUGAUAUCAAGUGGUUGGAUACUGAAAAGGAUAUCAUCCAAGAUCCGGAUGUUGCCAAUUACGUGUUGGCCCACGAGUUCUUCGAUGCAUUGCCAAUAAAGGGCUUUGAGAGGACAGAACAUGGCUGGAGAGAGCUUCUAGUUGAGCACACAGAAAGUGUAGUGAACACACAGCCAAAAUUGCCAGGUACUUCAAUCGAUGAAGAUGAUUCUCUAUUGAAUACCGAGUUCCAUUUGACGUUGUCCAAAAAGGAAACUCCGUCGUCGAUUAUUCCAACGCUUCAUAGAAGAUUUAAAGAUUUGCCGGUUGGUUCAAGAAUAGAGAUAUGUUCAGAAGCUGAAUUGUACAUAAUGAAGAUGGCACAGUUGGUGAACAACGAAAAGAAAUUGGGGGCAGUCUUGGUUAUAGAUUACGGAUUAGUAAAUCAGAUACCUGAAAAUUCAUUGAGAGGUAUAUACCAACAUAAGUUUGUCUCUCCCUUCAUUAAGCCUGGAGAUGUUGACUUAUCAGUUGAUGUCGAUUUCGAUAACCUUGUCAAUUUGACAUCAACCCAUUGCUCAGUCUUUGGACCCAUAGAUCAAGGUGAUUGGUUACACAACAUUGGUGUGGGGUACAGAGUAGACCAAUUAAUAAAGCAGAACGAUCACGAUCAUGAGAAACAGGAGAAGAUUUACAAUUCAUAUAGAAGAUUGACAGACAAGGACGAGAAGUCAAUGGGAAAGAUAUAUAAGUUCUUAUGUCUUGGACCUCACGAUUCUCCUAUUCCUGCUGGAUUUGGAGACAACUAAUAAAUGGCAUCUGUAAU